AUGAGAAGUGCUAAGGAUGAUGCUUCAAUUUUCUUGAGAUCCAAAGCAAGAUUCGUAUGCUUUAUUGCCUCAAAUCCAUUCCUUUCUAAAGUAAAGCCAAAGAUGAAGAGAUCUGUGUAUUGGAUAUUUUUGCUGCACAUUAUUUUCUUCGUCCAUGGAAAUAAAGCUGGAGCUUCUCAGCCUUACAGGACUGCAUACCAUUUUCAACCUCCCAAAAACUGGAUGAAUGACCCAAAUGGUAAAGUGCCCCUUUCUGAUAAAUUUUUAUAUCAUUUUAGUAGAUGGCCAAUGUACCAUAAGGGAGUUUACCAUCUGUUCUAUCAGUACAACCCCUAUGCUGUAGUAUGGGGAAAUAUUUCAUGGGCACAUUCUGUAUCGUAUAAUCUUAUUGAUUGGAUGCAUCUUGAUAAUGCUAUUAAUCCAACAGAGUCUUAUGACAUUAAUGGCUGCUUUUCUGGUUCUGCUACAAUUUUUCCUGGGGUCGAAAAACCUGUCAUUCUAUACACUGGAAAUAACUUUGAAAACCACCAGGUUCAAAAUCUGGCAGUGCCUAAAAAUAUGUCUGAUCCACUGCUUAGAGAAUGGGUAAAAUCGGACCGUAAUCCUGUGAUGGCUCCGGUUAAUGGCAUGAAUCCGAUGAUGACUUCAGUUAAUGACAUAAAGCCAGAUAUGUAUAGAGAUCCUACAACUGCGUCCGUCCCUAACCUAUUUUAUACCGCGGUAAUUAUAGGCAGCCAAAUUAAUGGCAUGGAGCUGCUAUUCUUUAUAGAAGUAAAGAUUUUGUUAGCUGGACCAGGAGUCGGAAUCCUCUUCAUUUGUCAACCAAAACAGGAAUGUGGGAGUGUCCUGAUUUUUACCCUGCAACUUAGAUAUGAUUAUGGUAUGUUCUAUGCUUCCAAAACAUUUUAUGACUGUGACAAAAAGAGAAGGAUAUUGUGGGGAUGGGUAACCGAGGCUGAUAGUAAGUCAGAUGAUAUCAAGAAAGGAUGGUCUGGAAUUCAGUCAAUUCCAAGAACCGUAUUGCUAGACAAAAAAGGGAAGCACCAAAUUAAUGGCCAUGGAGCUGCUAUUCUUUAUAGAAGUAAAGAUUUUGUUAGCUGGACCAGGAGUCGGAAUCCUCUUUAUUUGUCAACCAAAACAGGAAUGUGGGAGUGUCCUGAUUUUUACCCUGUUAGUAGUCGUCGUAGAAUAGGGCUCCAUUCAUCUUUCAAUGAUCGAAAAACUAAACAUGUCCUAAAGGCAAGUUUUAGUGAUCACGACUACUAUGUAAUAGGAAAUUAUGAUUCGAAAACGGAUAGAUAUAGUGUUGAUGUUGAUUUCAUGGAUACUAUUAGGCAACUUAGAUAUGAUUAUGGUAUGUUCUAUGCUUCCAAAACAUUUUAUGACUGUGACAAAAAGAGAAGGAUAUUGUGGGGAUGGGUAACCGAGGCUGAUAGUAAGUCGGAUGAUAUCAAGAAAGGAUGGUCUGGAAUUCAGUCAAUUCCAAGAACCGUAUUGCUAGACAAAACAGGGAAGCAGUUAGUGCAAUACCCAAUCAAAGAACUCGAAAAACUACGGGCAAGUGAAGUCUCUCUACAUAAUAAAGAAAUAAAGGGUGGAACUGUGCUUGAAAUUUCAGGCUUAACAGCUUCACAGGCUGAUAUAGAAGUCUCAUUCCAAUUGCCAAAUUUAGAAGAUCGUGUCGAGCUGAUGGAUAAAAAAUCAGUUGAUCCCCAACAACUUUGUAGUCAAAAGAAUUCAUCAGUAAAAGGGGUACUAGGGCCAUUUGGUUUGUUAGCCUUGACUUCGAAGGACUUAACCGAACAAACUGCCAUCUUCUUUCGGAUAUUCAAAGGUCAUGACAAGUAUGUUGUCCUAAUGUGCAGUGAUCAAAGCAGGUCUUCUCUGAAAAGAGAUGUUGACAAAAAAAUCUUUGGGGCAUUUCUUGAUGUAGAUCCUAGUCAGAGAAUCUCAUUAAGAACCUUGAUUGACCAUUCCAUGUUAGAGAGUUUUGGUGGUGAAGGAAAGGCUUGCAUCACUGCUAGAGUUCAUCCUGAACUGGCCAUUGAGAACAAAUCCCACCUCUAUGCAUUUAAUUAUGGGACAGAAAGCAUUACAAUCUCGAGUUUGAGAGCUUGGAGCAUGAAGAAAGCUCAAAUGUACCGAGCCUUGGCAGAAAAGGCAGCUGAUGCUUUCUAUAAGCUUUCUAACACGAAGGCACAGAUCCAAGCAUAUGUUUUUGAUGCCCCAACAGACUGCAGGCCUGGCUCUAGGGACAGGGUGGCACAUUUUGACACCUCUAGUUUUGAUGAUGCAAAUGAAUAUGAAAAGCUAUGUGUUGCUGUUAUCAGGGCAAGUGUGCCAAGAUUGGACGUGGAUUCUGCUUUUGAACAGAAGAAUGACAUAGCCAAAGCUGUGGAUGAAGAACUUGAAAAGGUAAUAUAUCCUCUUGAUUAG